AGAGCGUCAUACGGGACGGAAUUUUUCUUUCUUGCUGUUUUGCCCGCGGCCGCGCGGCUACUUCCGCUGGCGUCGCGACUCGCAUCUACGGGCGUGCUUCGCCGCGCCACUACGUCGGCGCCACGCAAUUUGUCAACCACCCGGGCCGCUACCUCGCCAGGCUCCUCCGGCCUGACCACUCGGGCCGGCGCUGGCGCCCUCUCAACCGGUACGCCGUCAUUCGGCGGUGGAGGCGGCCGGCGCAACUUCUCGUCCGGCUCCUCGUCAUCCUCCUUUGGCGGCAGCAUCCCAAACAUCUCCGACAUUCCGGCGCCGUCGGCCUCGCUCGUCGCCGCGGCUGUCGUCGGCGCCUCCGCUCUCUACCUAGCCAAGCGGGCGGUGCUGAUGACGGACGCCGGAGUCACGUACGUCGUCCAGAACAAUCUGACCGGCCAGCUUGACGUGCACACAGAGCCAGGCAUGUUCUUCAUCACGUCGACAUUCGAGGCCGACGAGGCCGUCAUCGCCCGCUUCGCCGACACGUACGUCGGGAUGAUCCCCGUCACCUUUCGCUUCAAGCUGCCCGCCGACCCGGAAGGCUCGCUGCUGAUGCGGAACGCGUCAAACGUGACGGUGAUCACGGCGACGCAGUACACCGGCGAGGAGUUCUUCCAGGGCGGCCUGAACCAGUUCAAGACCCAGCUCGCUGAUCAGCUGCAGAAUGGCAUCUACCUCACCGAGCGCCGGCAGAUCGAGAAGCAGCUGGUGUGGAAGACGGUGCCCAUUCUCCAGGACAAUGGCGUGCCGCAGCGCGCCGAGAACCCGCUCUCCCAGUACGGCAUCGACGUCACCCAAGUGCUGAUUGGCGACCCGCGACCCGAGCCCAAUUUGGACAGGCUGCUGAUGGACAAGAAGCGCCUCGUCGCCGAGCGCAUCAAGACGGUGCAGGAACAGGAGACGUCCAAGGCGCAGGCGAACACCGAGCAGCUCAAGAAGGAGAUCGAGCGCACGCGCGCGGUGCAGGACGCCCAGCGCCAAAAGGAGCUGCGCACGAUCGAGAUGCAGCGCGAGGUCGACGUCGCGAAGCAGGUGGCGGAGCGCGAGACGAUCGAGCAGCGCAAGCUGCAGGACCUCGCCGUGAUCCAAAAGGAGAAGGAGCUCGCGAUCGCGCGCGCCGAGCUCGACAUCCAGAAGGCGAAUGCAAGCGCGGCUCGGUUCCAAGCCGACGCGAUCGCCGCCAAGGGCCGCGCCGAGGCGGAGGUGCUGGCGGCCAAGUACAAGGCCAAGGCGCAGAACAAGGAGAUCUUCCUGGCCGAGACGCAGCGCGACAUGGCGACGGCGCUCUACUCCAACCUGAAGGACUUCAAGGUCGAGAUGCCGCAGAACGUCAUCGUAGGCGCGGGCGGCGCCGACGGCGGCGGCGCGGGCAGGAUGCCGUCGAAUCUCGACGUGAUCACGAGCUUCUCGGCGCUCGGCCUGAUGGAGAAGGCGGUGAGGAGCAAGGCGGCGGCGUGAGAAGGGGUGGAAGCCAAGGUUCAGCUCAAGGUUCCGCAUGUUCAUGUGACUGCUGACUCACAUACCG